AGAUGAUAAAUUAGUGAAAUGAUUGUAACUUUGUGUUUGCGCUAUAAAUCGUUUUCGAAUAUAAAUUCAUAUUUUCGUAGUAUUUGCCUGGAAAGAACUCAUCGCUGCUAAAUUCAAAAUAAAACCCUAGCUUCCAAUUUCAUCAAAAUACCCAAAAUGCUAUCAAAAUCCAGACGUUUAUUCAUGUUUCGAGCCCAUAAUCCGAAGAUUCCUUCUCUCUACUCCAUCCUCCAAUUCAAUGCUUCAAUGUCAAACCUAAAAGUGGUAUGGCGAAAGGAUACGAAACUCGAUCAAGCAAUCGAGAACGACAAGAAAUGGCGGCUCUGCUACCGGGUCGUCCGAGAAGUCCUAAACGAACCGGGUCAGGUAAUCCCGCUCCAAUACUUAGCUAAACGCCGCGAGCGGCUUCGGUUGCCCGUCAAACUUGAAGCAUUUCUUUCCCAAAAUCCGGGUUUGUUUGAUAUAUAUAAGGACAGGAUUAGGCCCAAAUCCGACUUGGUUGAGUUCGUUCGGCCUAGUGAUAGACUGAACCGGUUUUCGGAGGAGGAGAAAUUGAUUUACCGCGAAAAUGAGCCGUUGAUUGUUGCUAAAUUGUGUAAAUUGCUCAUGAUGGCGAAUCAUAGAGUUGUUAGUGCUGCAAAAUUGGUUGAGGUGAAGAAGGAAUUCGGUUUCCCUAAUGAUUUUCUGGUGAAAUUGGUGUCUGCGUAUCCAGAGUAUUUUAGGUUGCACGGAUUGCCCGGAGAGGGGCAGUCGUACCUUGAAUUAGUUUCUUGUAAUGAGGAGUUUGCUAAGUCGGUUAUUGAGAGACGAGCGGAGGAGGAGUCGAGGUUGAUGGGGAUUAACGUUAGGCCGGCAUUCGAGUGGAAGCUUCCACCAGGGUUCUUUUUCAAGAAGGAAAUGAGGGAGUGGGUUAGGGACUGGAUGGAGCUCCCUUACAUUUCUCCAUAUGAGGAUGUGUCGCAUUUGGAUCCUGCUUCGCCGGAAAUGGAGAAGAGGCUGGUGGGGGUUUUCCACGAGCUGCUCUCGCUGUCAAUUUAUAAGAGAGUGCCAGUGCCCAUUCUAGGCAAGCUUUGUAAGGAUUUUAGGUAUUCUAAAGCAUUCACGAGUGUGUUUACAAGGCAUUCAGGGAUUUUCUAUAUGUCUUUGAAAGGUGGAAUUCAGACAGCAAUGUUGAGGGAAGCAUAUAAGGGUGAGGAGUUGGUUGAUCUCGAUCCACUGUGUGAGAUAAAGAAUAAGUUUGUUGAAAUGCUGGAAGAGGGAUGGCGGGAGAGGGCUCAGAAAUUGAGAUUGCGCAGAGAAAGUAUUCGCAAGGAUAUGGAACUCGCGGCUGUUAGGAAUAAGGAACUGAAAUGUGAUAAGCAGAAUACAGAAUUAUGAAGUCGGACAAAUUAUCUGUACAAUCCAAGAAAAGCGAGCACAUGGAUAGAACCAAUGCCCUCCGCUUGCUUGCCACUCUGAUGCUUCUAGUGCUGUACCCAAAGGCAGAAAGCCAGUGGGUUUCCCACCACCCACUGCCACCAGCAAAUCUUCC